GUUAGGUAAGGUGCUGCGUUCUGCCAGGGCAAGCGCCUCUCCCGAUCGGGCAGGCGGUCUGUAGAAUACUGAAAUUUGUAAUGUACUGUAUAGUAUUAAGAGUACGUUUUACAUUUUACAUUCUAUCUUAUACCAGUUGACAAUCAGAACCCUGUUGGCAUCUCUUCCUAUGUUAAAUAGCCGAACGGAGACCUUAGUGCCGUAUUAAUAAUUAUUCCGGUGUUGCUUUACAUAAGAUGGAACUAGCGGCUUAGAUAUUUAUCCUUACGGAUUCUGCGUUCGAUUUGGGAUGUCGUGAUUGCUUUCAAAUAACUUCAACCUGAAUUAGCUUCACUGGUUCCUCUUCCUGUUCCUUCCCAUUACCAUAAUAUUACUCAGCGAUGGAAAUAGACUCGUUUUUGUCUGCACACGAGAUUGGCGAAGGCCUUCCAGUGUUAAUAAUUCAUGGUUGGGAGUUAGAUGGGAAGGCCGAGGAGCUGGACUUUGAGCCAAUUUUCACAAAAGCACUCCAGACUAGUCUUCGCCGGAUCUAUGUGGACCUUCCAGGUAUGGGAAAAACACCUGCAAAUAAUAUUAAAGAUCUAGACGAUAUAUAUCUUCGCCUGGUGCAUUUUAUUGAUGCUCGGCUUGGAAAGUCAAAAUUCUUAAUUAUGGGUUCAUCAUGUGGUGGCUACCUCGCCCGUGCACUCGCUCAAAAAUACGUUGAUCAAGUCGACGGUUUACUAUUACGAGUGCCGCUUAUCGAACCAAAGGACGACUUGCGUGAUCUCGAUACCUUUCAACCAUUGGUUCUAAAUGAGCAACUCAUGUCGAGCCUAUCAAGCGAGGACAAGGCGCUACUCGGAGAUAUUCACAUCCAAACACCUACUUAUAUCAAGUCUCUUAAGGCAAAAUAUGAAGCUAUACUUCCAGCAUUGAAAGCGGCAGACAAAGAAGUGCUAGAUCCGAUUCGGGCAGACCCACAGCGAUACCAGAUAUCUCAUGCUUCAGACAAUACGCAUUCCAAGUUUUUGGCGCCAACACUUAUCCUAUGUGGUCGACAAGAUGAGGUUGUGGGUUAUCGAGACAGCCUCCGCCUGCUGGAGCUCUACCCGCGAUCGACCUUCGUUGUUCUAGACCGCGGUAGACAUGACCUUCCUGUUGAUGAGAAUGGGGUUUUUGAGGCUCUUGUUCGUAAUUGGUUAACUCGGGUUGAUGAGUGGCGAAGUUAUACAGAUAAAUAAGAGCAUCUCAAAGCAUUCAUUUUGACCUGUGGACCUUUUGUGCCUAAUGAGAGUCUGCCUACAGGUGUUUCCGUACAACUUCCAACUCCUAACAUACAUAGUCCUUAAAUGAUUUAAACCUUUCUCCGUGUAGGGUACCACCCAAAGAAGUUAAAGGUAACUAUAGAUACUCGAGCAACCGCAGGGCCCAUGUUUCCAGCACUCUAUCUUCAAACCAAUCAUCUCAUUUCGUAACGACAGCACGCCGUCCUUAAGCUGUGCAUUGUCCGAAUUGAUUAUUUGAUGUUGGGGUGGGUUGGUGUAAGGAUGGUGCCUGGAGUUUGGAGUGUUUGGUGUCGGCCAGUGAAACGUUGU